UUUUACAUGUAUUUCAUGUAGAUCUAUAUAGAUCUAGACUCUAAGGGUUACUUAGAUAUAGAACUAAUACUGAAUCAAAACGUCCGCGAUGCGGCGCCAAGUGUAACAAUAUCACGUGAUCAUCAUAGUCUCUUGGUAAAUCACAAAAAAAUUCAGUUUGAAUCUUGUACAUAAUAAGCUGUACAUAAGGAAGUUGUAAGAUAUGAGUGCAUCGGUUGGCACCAUGCGUGGUGGCUCAAACAGACACAGUGGUACAAAAGAAAAAACAUUGAAGGGUGAAAAAGGCACUGGCUCUAAGCAGAAAUCUUCUCAAAGCACAUUGAAAAGUGAAUCACAGUCCUCCAAAAUGCAUCCUACCCAGGAACAGAUAAUCCUGGCCCAAAGGUUAAACACAAAUCAUUCAGAUGCAGACCCUAAGACCAAGAAGCUUGUUGAUGAACUAAUGGAAUUGACAGGUAAAAGUGAAGAUGUUGUUGUGAUUGCACUUCAUGAUGCAGAAAAUGAUGCUGACAGAGCAGUAAAUAUGCUUCUUGAGGGUGACAAUGAACAACGUGGUGAGUGGCGUGAACAAGGUGGAAAGCGUAAAAAGAAAGCCACAAAUCAGAAAGAUGGAUCGAAUCAGGGGAAUGAGGACAAUGAAGGCCGUGGUAACAAAGAUAGAGGUGAUAAAGAAGAUAAAGACCAAGAAGGAGUGGUGGAACGUUUUGAUGCUCCACCAAGGCGAGGGAGACAGAAUGGUGGCCCGCCACCUAGGCUUGCUCGAGGGCGUGGAAGAGAUAGGGGAAACUUUGGGGAUAGAGAUCGUAACAAUGCAGAAGACUGGGAUAUUGACAAAGGAGAAGAUAGACGAGAACGAAGUGGUAGUGAUAGAGGCCGCCCACGGGGAAGAGGUUUUGGAGGCAAGAGAGGUGGAGGCGGACGUGGUCGAUUCAACAACAGUUCAGAUCGAGAUAACAGAAGUUUUAAUCGUGUUCCAAGAUUUGAGAAGGCUAACCACUCUCAGCCUUUGGAGGGACCAGAAAUCGACACAUGGACCAAUGAAACUGCAGAAACGAAUACUAAUAAAGAUACUGAUUGGGAUAAUUGGAAUGACACUUGGGUGAAUGAAGAAGAUCAAUGGACAGGCACUCUGGAGGAGACUAAAGUUUUUACACCAUCACAGAUGAAGAUACCUGAACCUGAUCCAGUUAUAAGUGAGCCCCCCAGUUCUCUAGGCCAAAGGCUUGAUGUUGGAAGCUUGUUUAUUGAAUCUGCCAAGUAUUCUAAAGCACCUGACUACACUAAGCCUAGCAGUGAUGCAUACAUCACACAGUUUAAUCAGGCUGCCACAGAAUCAAUCAAGAACACCAUAGGGAUUGGUAGUGCAUCAAGAGCUCCUGCUUCUUCCUUAACAAUUCCCCAACAGUCCUCAAGUAAUACUCUGGGUUUGUCCUCUCUUACCCAAAGUUCUGGACAUGUUCAAAGCAGUGUUUUGGGCAAUUUAGCACAAGGAUCUCAAUCUUCCAUGUCACAGACCAUGACACAGCUGUCUCAGAUAACCCAGUCCUCAAAUCAGGCCAUUGGUCUAGGUUCUCAGCAAAGCAGUAGAGACCAGGCUCCACCUGCUCAAUCUAGGAUACAAUCAGUCAUGCAACAGCAGCAACAACAACAGAAUAUUCCAACCAGUUUGAGUGCAAGCUUACAACAAAGGCCCAAGCCUCCAAGAUCAAAACUACCACCACCCUCAAAGAUUCCAUCUUCUGCUGUGGAAAUGCCUGGUCACAUUCCCAGAAAUCCACAGUUAGACUUACAGUUUGGAAUAGACUUUACUUCUGACUCUGGUACUUCAUUUAGUUUUGGAGCUGGUGAUGAUGGUGAGGUACCAAGCUCUUACCCUACAUCAACCUCUAAUGGCUCUCAAUCUGUGAUAUCUAACCACCUGAGUCAGGCUCAUGUGGCUAAAUCCAAUGACAGUAAUUCAAUGGUGCUGAACAUGAAAACAUCUCCAUCUGCUGGGUCUAACAAAGUGCUGACAUCUAUGGAAGCUCAGCAGUCUAACAGAACAACAACAGUUUAUCACAACUCAGUUUAUACUUCCUCUCCACCAAAGAAUGAAAACCAAAGCCUAGAAAGAGACCAGAAUAAGUUGGAGCACAAGUCCAGUCCAAUGAUGUCACAGCGUUCAGGAUCUACUUUGUCUCAAAGUAAAGAGUCAUCUUCAAAUUAUCCCACCGCCAAUGGAUAUGCUCCAUCUUACCAGACACACCAGAAAGCCUCCAGUAUAUCUCAGACUCAAACAUAUACUCACACAACUAAUUCUCAGCCACCACAGAGUACCAAUUUUUCAGGACAGUACCCUGCUAGUCAAUCCUAUCCUUCAAAUCUUUCUGCUCCACCCAGUGCGACACAGUAUCCCCCUGGACAACCUCCCCAGUUCAACAAUGCUCAGAACCAAUACUCUUCAGGACAAGGUCAAUUUGCAUCAGCAGGGUCAUCAAAUCACACAAGCAUCCCUCAUGCAAAUCACCAAUCGCAGUAUUCUGGUACACAGAACAGUUAUAGUUCUGGGGGACAGUCGCAGUACUCAAGUUAUCCAAACAAUAGCUCAUUCCCAACGCAGCCAAACUAUCCAUCUACUAAUCAGUCUGGUGGCUCCAACAGUACUUUGUAUCCAGUCACCACACAAUCUGGUGGAUCUUCAUAUAAUUCUCAGUCGAAUUCAUACCAGUCACCAUCUGCUGGUUCCUAUCACACCAGAGACAGCCAACAAAAUGCUUCUGUCACUACACAAUCCAAUACAGGCGUGACAUAUCCAACUGCUUCUCAGUCAGUUUCUUUGAAGCCUGCCAGUUCACAGACCAACACUAAUUACAAUUCUCAAAACUUUGCUCCUGCACCAGUGACUUUGCAGACAUCCUCAUUGACCAACAAACUUGAGCAAAAUCUUUCAAAAAUAACACUAAAGGAUACUGCAUCAUUGGAUGGUCACCCUUCAGCUCAGUAUGAUCAUUCAAAUACCUCUACAACAGUCUCCACAUCUCUGAGCCUGCCAUCUUCCACCAGUUCAGCAUCACUUUCAACAGGUACAACUACCAUUUCCUCUACAUCAACUGCCACAUCCAUCACAUCUACAUCCAGAAUUGCAUCUAUGCCAUCCACAAGUAAGGCUCCACCCAAUUUACCUCCAGGAGUACCUUUGAUGGGGCAGUAUAUAAUGGGGCAGAGUACAAUGCCACCUUAUUUUACUGUUCCACCAUUAUAUGGUUUUGAACCUGAUAUGUUGUUACAACAAAGAAUGCCAAUGCAAACAGGGAGCUAUUAUGACAUUGGUGCUUUCCCUGCUCCAGCUGGAUCAGCUUUACCUACUGGUCGUGAUCAGCAGCAACCUUUAACUACAGUUUCAUUUUCAGGCACAUCAGCAGACUCCAGUAAGAUGACUCGAGUAGAUGCCCAAAGUCCAAACUCCACAAGCCAACCCCAAAAUGCCCAACAGAUACCUAUCAACUUUCACUAUGGAUACUACUACCCUUCAAUGUUUCCUGGGGCCACAAGUAUCCAGUAUCCCCCCGUGUUUCCUGUGACUCCAGUGACCAAUACAGCAGCUCACACAGGUGCUACAGCCAAUCCUCAGUUUCAGAAAACAUUUGCUUCCGUGUAUGCUCCCAAAGGCUAUGAUGAAUUAAACCAGGCCCAGGACUUUUCAAAGACUGGUUAUGGCAGCUCUUCAAGCACAGGAAAAUCUUCAGGAACACGAUCUGGAACAUCAGAUAUUACUCCUAAUGCUUACAACAAGACUCAUUCGCAGGCAUUUGACAAGCAGGGUUUUCAUGGUGGUACCCCUCCCCCUUUCAAUUUGCCUCUAGCUACAGCCACCCAGGCAGGACCAAUGGCAGCACCCACAACACCCUAUGGGGCCCCGUUUGUGCCUGUCAUGGCCGCUCAUCAGCCUCACUCUCAGAUGAUGCACCAUCCAAUACAACAGGACUCCAACAGCUCCACGUCUCGUGGCUUGAAUCAACAAGGCAAUCAAAGCAAGUCUGGAGGGGCUAAAGGUUAUGGAGCACCCCAGUACUGGAACAAUUGAAGUUGCCUUAAUCUGGAUGACAUGACAAGCCAACUGCUACUGUCACUGCUACCAAGUAGACAUGUCCUUGGCCUCUUGUGACAGUAAAUAAAGCCAACCUUAGCAUACUGUCCUUUCAUGUUUAAAAAGCAGACAAAAUGUAUAGAUAAAAUAAGAAAAUAGAUUCCUCUGUUUUUCUUUAUUAUCUGUGUGUUAGUUUACGGCACUUUUAAAUUUGAAGUUGUGAUUGUAUGUAAGGGUGGUUGCUUUGACCCUUUACUUUUUAAACUUAAACAAACUUUUAUUUAGUAGUGUUUGUAUUAUCAUUUUUUUUAAUUUUUUUUUUUUUUUACUUUUUUCCUAGUGUUGUGUAUAUUUUAGCAAGAGUUCCUUGUAAAUAUUGUUUGUUGUUAAUUGAUUGUGUCAGCCAUGAAACAUCUGUUUUUAUUUAUCUCUGGUUUGGCCAAUAUAUAUAUACAUGUUUCAUAUUUAUAUUAUAAACAAAGGGAUUGUCAAUAAAAGAAAUAGCCAAUCAUACAUUUUUGACACAAUCAAAAUCAUUGACUUGCCUAUAUUGUUGACGGGAGGGUUGCCCAGUGACAUAGUUCUCAAAGAAAGGAGAGUAUUUGUAUUUUAUUUUUUUUUGGUCUAUUUUGUAAUUUGCAACACUGUAAAUAAGCUUGACUUUUUUUCUCAGCAGUUAAUUUUGGUAAUCAUGCUGUAGUUGCUUAUUCAUUUCCCCAACAUUUGAUCAUAUAUCAUUUUUAAAACCCUACAGAUUGCCAGUCGUAAGUGACUUGUUUAUGUAUAUAGCUACCUGUACAGUUUUGAAACAGACUUUUUUUUUCCCCUCCACCCCACCCCUCUCCCUUUUCCAAUUUCAUUUGACUCCAUUAAAGUAACAGAUUUCUAUGAACUGUUGCACUGAUUUUUAAAUAAACCAAAACAGUAAUUGUUAAUUAUUAUUUUUUGGCAUUGAGUCUUAAAUGUGUUUAAAGAUUUGUGUAAUAAAAAUAAUGGCUCUAUAUUAAUUACAAACAUUCUAUUGAUUUUGUUUACUGCACAAGACAAGGAUGAAGCAUGACAAACAAGAAAUAGAUCUAUGCCUAUUAAUGCUUUUUUAAUGAUAGUAUCACAACACAAACUAAUAGUUGUAACAAAAUAGCACCAAAUAUACAUGCAAUAUGGCAUUGGAAACCAUAUGGUUAUAUAUUCCUGAUUCUCAAGCACAAAAUGAAUACACACACAUGUAGAGAGCAAAACUUUAAAAGAGUAUCACAAAUAAUCCAACAUGUUGGAAUUAAUGCUUAAUAGUUGAAAAUAUAGUAAACAUGUAUGAAAAUGUUAAUAUUUAACAUAGUAUAUGUUAUGUAUAUAAUAUUUAAAAUAUACAGUAGUGCUUAAGAAACCCCAUAUGCAUUGCUUCUUAAAGGAAUUUUGACCAAUUAAAGGCACUAUUUAAAGUAAACCAAACUAUCUAACAAUUUUUUUACCCAUCCAUGGAUUUGUAAUUUGAAGGUACAAAGAAAAA